GAGUAACGAUGCUGUCCUAGCAAGUGAUGCUGUCGGAGACAGGAGACGGGCGCCGAGGAGGCAUCGCCGCCGCCGCCGCAGGGCUGGAGAGCCUCUCCCAGCACCAGCGCCCCGCUCGGCCCCGGGCUUCCUCGUCGCAGCCACGGCCGCGGCAGCUGCUCCCACGGUUUGAUGGUGGGCGGCGGCAGCUCGGCUUCGGCGCCAGCCUCUAACUGCUGGAUCGCGGGCCGCGACGCUCUCGGCUUCUGCCUUCCCGCCCUGGGCCGCCCGGGGCUGCGGAAGCCGCGGGAGGUGGGGAAGGGGCGCCGCGGAAGGACUGCACGGCCGCGAAGGCGGAGGAGGCCGGCAGCCGGCACCCUCACACUCGGACCGCAGCCGGCGCGAUGUCCACCAAGGUCAGGAAGUGCAAGGAACAAGCAAGGGUGACCUUCCCCGCGCCAGAGGAGGAGGAAGACGAGGGCGAGGACGAGGGCGCGGAGCCGCAGCGCCGCCGCCGGGGCUGGAGGGGCGUCAACGGGGGGCUGGAGCCGCGCUCGGCGCCCUCGCAGCGGGAACCGCACGGCUACUGCCCGCCGCCCUUCUCCCACGGGCCGGACCUGUCCAUGGAGGGAAGCCCAUCCCUGAGACGCAUGACGGUGAUGCGGGAGAAGGGCCGGCGCCAGGCUGUCAGGGGCCCGGCCUUCAUGUUCAAUGACCGCGGCACCAGCCUCACCGCCGAGGAGGAGCGCUUCCUCGACGCCGCCGAGUACGGCAACAUCCCAGUGGUGCGCAAGAUGCUGGAGGAGUCCAAGACGCUGAACGUCAACUGCGUGGACUACAUGGGCCAGAACGCGCUGCAGCUGGCUGUGGGCAACGAGCACCUGGAGGUGACCGAGCUGCUGCUCAAGAAGGAGAACCUGGCGCGCAUUGGCGACGCCCUGCUGCUCGCCAUCAGCAAGGGCUACGUGCGCAUCGUAGAGGCCAUCCUCAACCACCCUGGCUUCGCGGCCAGCAAGCGCCUCACUCUGAGCCCCUGCGAGCAGGAGCUGCAGGACGACGACUUCUACGCUUACGACGAGGACGGCACGCGCUUCUCGCCGGACAUCACCCCCAUCAUCCUGGCGGCCCACUGCCAGAAAUACGAAGUGGUGCACAUGCUGCUGAUGAAGGGUGCCAGGAUCGAGCGGCCCCACGACUAUUUCUGCAAGUGCGGGGACUGCACGGAGAAGCAGAGGCACGACUCCUUCAGCCACUCACGCUCGAGGAUCAAUGCCUACAAGGGGCUGGCCAGCCCGGCAUACCUCUCAUUGUCCAGUGAGGACCCGGUGCUUACGGCCCUAGAGCUCAGCAACGAGCUGGCCAAGCUGGCCAACAUAGAGAAGGAGUUCAAGAAUGACUAUCGGAAGCUCUCCAUGCAAUGCAAAGACUUUGUAGUGGGUGUGCUGGAUCUCUGCCGAGACUCAGAAGAGGUAGAAGCCAUUCUAAAUGGAGAUCUGGAAUCAGCAGAGCCUCUGGAGGUACACAGGCACAAAGCUUCAUUAAGUCGUGUCAAACUUGCCAUUAAGUAUGAAGUCAAAAAGUUUGUGGCUCAUCCCAACUGCCAGCAGCAGCUCUUGACAAUCUGGUAUGAGAACCUCUCAGGCCUAAGGGAGCAGACCAUAGCGAUCAAGUGUCUCGUUGUGCUGGUCGUGGCCCUGGGCCUUCCAUUCCUGGCCAUUGGCUACUGGAUCGCACCUUGCAGCAGGCUGGGGAAAAUUCUGCGAAGCCCUUUUAUGAAGUUUGUAGCACACGCAGCUUCUUUCAUCAUCUUCCUGGGUCUGCUUGUGUUCAAUGCCUCAGACAGGUUCGAAGGCAUCACCACGCUGCCCAAUAUCACAGUUAUUGACUAUCCCAAACAGAUCUUCAGGGUGAAAACCACCCAGUUUACAUGGACUGAAAUGCUAAUUAUGGUCUGGGUUCUUGGAAUGAUGUGGUCUGAGUGUAAAGAGCUCUGGCUGGAAGGACCUAGGGAAUACAUUUUGCAGUUGUGGAAUGUGCUCGACUUUGGGAUGCUCUCCAUCUUCAUUGCUGCUUUCACAGCCAGAUUCCUAGCUUUCCUUCAGGCAACAAAGGCACAACAGUAUGUGGACAGUUACGUCCAAGAGAGCGACCUCAGUGAAGUGACACUCCCACCAGAGAUACAGUAUUUCACUUAUGCUAGAGAUAAAUGGCUCCCUUCUGACCCUCAGAUUAUAUCUGAAGGCCUUUAUGCCAUAGCUGUUGUGCUCAGCUUCUCUCGGAUUGCGUACAUCCUCCCUGCAAAUGAGAGCUUUGGCCCCCUGCAGAUCUCUCUUGGAAGGACUGUAAAGGACAUAUUCAAGUUCAUGGUCCUCUUCAUUAUGGUGUUUUUUGCCUUUAUGAUUGGCAUGUUCAUACUUUAUUCUUACUACCUUGGGGCUAAAGUAAAUGCUGCUUUUACCACUGUAGAAGAAAGUUUCAAGACUUUAUUUUGGUCAAUAUUUGGGUUGUCUGAAGUGACUUCCGUUGUGCUCAAAUAUGAUCACAAAUUCAUAGAAAAUAUUGGAUACGUUCUUUAUGGAAUAUACAAUGUAACUAUGGUGGUCGUUUUACUCAACAUGCUAAUUGCUAUGAUUAAUAGCUCAUAUCAAGAAAUUGAGGAUGACAGUGAUGUAGAAUGGAAGUUUGCUCGUUCAAAACUUUGGUUAUCCUAUUUUGAUGAUGGAAAAACAUUACCUCCACCUUUCAGUCUAGUUCCUAGUCCAAAAUCGUUUGUUUAUUUCAUCAUGCGAAUCGUUAACUUUCCCAAAUGCAGAAGGAGAAGGCUUCAGAAGGAUAUAGAAAUGGGAAUGGGUAACUCAAAGUCCAGGUUAAACCUCUUCACUCAGUCUAACUCAAGAGUUUUUGAAUCACACAGUUUUAACAGCAUUCUCAAUCAGCCAACACGUUAUCAGCAGAUAAUGAAAAGACUUAUAAAGCGGUAUGUUUUGAAAGCACAAGUAGACAAAGAAAAUGAUGAAGUUAAUGAAGGUGAAUUAAAAGAAAUCAAGCAAGAUAUCUCCAGCCUUCGUUAUGAACUUUUGGAAGACAAGAGCCAAGCAACUGAGGAAUUAGCCAUUCUAAUUCAUAAACUUAGUGAGAAACUGAAUCCCAGCAUGCUGAGAUGUGAAUGAUGCAGCAACCUGGUUUUGGCUUUGACUAUAGCACAAAUGUGGGCAAUAAUAUUUCUAAGUAUGAAAUACUUGAAAAACUAUGAUGUAAAUUUUUAGUAUUAACUACCUUUAUCAUGUGAAUCUUUAAAAGUUAGCUCUUAAUGGUUUUAUUGUUUUAUCACAUGAAAAUGCAUUUUAUUUGUCUGCCUUGACAUUACAAUGACAUACCGUUGUGUUGAAAAGCCCAAUAUUACUAUAUUAUUGAAAUUUUUAUUCAUUUUAGAGUAAACUCCACAUCUUUGCACUAUCUGUUUGCCUCCAAGAGACUAUCAGUUCCUUGGGGACAGGGACCAUGUCUUAUUCAUCUUUGUGUCUCCAGCAUCUAGUACAGUGCCUGGUACAUAGUAGGUGCUCAAUAAAUGUUGAAAUCAACUGAACUGAACUGCCAACAAAAUAAAAAUAAAAAGUCCUCACUAUGUAGCAUACCUUCCCUUGUCCAAGUUCUGAAGAGAUCUUUUUUUUUUAUUAAUAGAAACUGAAGAAAUUUUACAACCAGCUAUGACUUGGUAAGACAUUCUUAGAAUUUUAGGUGUCACUGAUAAUCCUAGAACCAUUGAGCCCUGAGUGAAGAAUUUAACAAUAAAAUGGGUUAAUGAAAAAUAUAAUUACAUUAUAUAUUUAAGUUUCAUAGAAUUAUUUAAAACAACACAUUAAAGAUUUUUCUAAAAUAUAGACUGCUUGCUUUCUUAGACUUACGUUUGUUGUUUUUCAGUAAUGUGAUUUUCCUUUAAGUUGGGGGUUAUGCAGAGUUGUCAUUUUGUUAUAACCAUCUAAUUUCUGCCUCUGCUGCUUUAAUGCUAAAUGAGAUAUCAACAGCUGACUUCAUAUCUCACCCGUGAGCUACCUGCUGAGUUUUGGAGGGUCUGCUCAUGGGAAGAAAUAGGAAAGAGCAAUGACUAUGGGCGUACUUGGAAAGACAUGGCCAAGCAUCCCCAGGUGUGUUUCAGUUCCUUUUGAGGCAUUUCUUGCCAUCAUUGCUUACAAUGAUUGACAUCUUUGUUUCUUAUCAAAUGAUUCCAAUUUCACUUUCUAUAUAAAAUAUAUUGUGAUAUAUCUACAUAUGCCUUACUACAUAAUUGAGCUGAAUGCUGGUAAUAUCCGCAAUGCCUCUUGACUUUAAUGGGAAAAGGCAUACAGACCAGUAAGUUCCCCAGUCACUUCAGAGACUAUAAAACACUCAAAGUAUUUUUAACCAGCUAGAUUUAAAUCUCUCACAGAGUUAUGUUUAACAUCCUGAGUCUCUUCAGUCAGUUGCUGUCAAGUCUUAUAGGAAUACGAAUUGUGAUCAUAGCUCAAAGAUUUUCAGAGGUCCUUAAAACCAACUAAAUACAUGCUACUUUAAAAUCAUUGCUAUCACAUGGAAAAGCUCUUUAGACAUGAAGACAGAAAUAAGUAUUAAAUGGAACUACAUAAAGUUCUUUAAAGAUUAUUUCUUAAAUUCUACUUUUUGGGAGUUAAGAAAGGAACUUUAUAAAUGUUUUGCUACCAUUGUAGAACAUUUCAUUAACUUUUGUGCCAUGCUAAGAGUAUUUGUCUUAAACAUUUUUCAAACUUUAUGUACUUUAUGUUGUGUCUCAGAACUGAAUAAAAUAUUGAAUUUUUCUAUUGUUAUAUGUUACCGUAUGUUAAGAUAGUAAAGAUACAAAGUUUCUAUAAUAGAUGUUUCUGAUAGUUUUAUAGUAUGGUCCAGGAUUCCAAGUGUGAAAAGUUUUUGCUUAUAGCUAUGGAACUGAAUAUUUUGUAAUUUUCUUCUUUGGGGUUGGAAAAAAUGCUGAAUGAAAAAGUGGCAGAUUCAGCUGGGGACAUUCAGCCUAAGAUCCUUGGAAUCUGAAGAUCAGAGAAGUAUGAAGAUAAGCCUCAUGGUAUCCACACCAUGUGGAUAAAAAGCUGACUUUUUUUUUUUUUGUCCAUGCCCCUCAAAACUGUAGAGCUAACAGGCAUUUUUUUCUUUAUUUACUAUGUAUAAACUGGUAUAGUUUUAAUAUUUCAUCUUUUUCCUUAUUCAUUUCAAGGUGUUGUUUCAGAAGAAGGUGUGAUGACAAGGUGUAGUGAGUGUGGUUGAUGUUUUUGAUGCCCUGCCCAGAUGCCCUCUACUGGACCAGUGCACCCGUCUCCCAGAUUCUCCUGUCCAGUUCCUAGCUAAUCGCUUCCCCUGGAGAAUUGCCCUCAGCUAAAAAGAAGCAGCCUUGCUCGGGAUGUGAUGCCUCCGCCUCCCCAUGGCCAGUGACUGAUGGGUGGGGGCACAAAAGGCUGGCCCCUUGUCUCAAGGUGGGGCCAACUAUUUGGUGCAGUUCAUGCUCCAGAGCUCCUGAAAGGAUUAGAGUGAUGCCAGAUUCAAGCUGAGAUGAAAUCCUGGUUUAGAUUCUUCUUCUGCCUUUUCCAGUUUCCUUCCUUUCCUUUCUCCAGAGAGCAUCCCGUAAUGAGUCACCACAUCCAAAUCUUGUUAGGUUUUGCUUUUAGGGAACUCACACUAAGGCAUAAGGUAUUAAUGUGGUAGCAUACGGUUGAGAUGAGGAUUAGGCGAGGGGAUUGCUGUCAGAAUUAGUCCUUCACUUGAGGAUAAAGAUAGCUCUGGGUCAGCAAGUCUUUUCCCUAGUCACUUCUAACAGGUACCGUUGGGAAAACAAAGCUCAAAGAAGUUGUUGGGGCAACUCAGAGAAGGGAGCAUUUAAACAGGACCAAAAACAACUUUAUAGAAAAAAACAUUAAUUAAAGGAUUGUCAAAGCCCCAGGACUCUUUUUUCCUUGGGACAGCUCUCAUUUUUUUACCUCUUUGCUAUUCUUAUUUUUUUCUCAGUUACAGAUGAAGAAAAGAAAGCAACACUCAAACUGCUUCUUAGACUUACUGUUUGAAAAGUUUGGUACUUUGUAAGUGCCUGCUGUAUUGAAUUUACAGAGCACCCAUGACUUUAUGGAAGUCACAAUCUGUUGAAAAGUUUGGGUUCUUAGACUUGAAAUGAGAAAACUUUGAAAAAUGGUACACAGUUAUCUUUACAGAGUUUAUGCACAAUAAAAACGAAAAUGACAUAUUGUGAUUAUUAAAAGCAAAUUUGGUGCAAUGUAGGAUAACUAUCUUACCCAAUAUGUCAAUAUAUUUAUAUUUCAAAUGUGCAAGCCAAGUGAAAGCAGCUUUUGUAAAUGGGAAAAUAAAUUGUCUUAUGGACAAUGUCUAAAGGGAACUGAAGUCACACUAAUGAUUGUGGUAUGGGACAAACCGUUCAACUUCUCUGGUCUUCAUGAAUAGUUCAGGCAAACAGGGUUAUGCUACAUCAGGGGUUCCUAGUCCCUGGAGCUCCUAGAGGUGUUUCAGCAGGUUAAUGUCAUCAUCCAAGGUGGUAAUCUUUCUUUCUGUGUCUUUUUAAAUUUUUUAAAUAAAGUUUUUAAAAUAUAUUUUUAGAGGCGGGUCUCACUAUGUUGUCCAGGCUAGUCUUGAACUUUUGGCCUCAAGUGAUCCUCCUGCCUCAGCCUCCCAAAAUCAGGCUGGGCACAGUGGUGCACACCUGUAAUCGCAGCACUUUGGGAGGUUGAAGCAGGUCGAUGGCUUCAGUUCAGGAGUUCGAGACCAGCAGGGCAACAUGGUGAAACUGUCUCUACAAAAAAUACAAAAAAAAAAAAUUAGCUGGGCAUGGUGGCAUGUGUCUGUGGUUCCAGCUACUCAGGAGGCUGGGGUGAGAGGAUAACUUGAGCCCAGGAAGUUGAGGCUGCAGUGAGCUGGUUCAUGCUACUGCACUGCAGCCUGGGAGACAAAGUGAACCACCUCCCCCCAACAAAAAAAAAUCUAAAAUGGGUAUUUAAAACUUUGUUCAGUUUAAAAAAGGGUUUGAGAAUUUCUAAAUUUAUACCAUGUGUUAGGGGAAACUAAUGUUUUUACUCAUGACUCAGUCACUCAGCUGACCACCACUAGCGUGUUGAUGGUUUUAACUUUAAUGCAGUUUAAAUUGCUUUUAUUUUUAGCCAUGAGUCGUUUAACUUUUCCUCGUAAUGGUUGCUUUAGAACCAUAACAUAAGGUUAUAAAUUACUGAGGUGCAUGGCAAUUCUGCAAAUUUGUCUCUAAAGUGGUCUUUGUCACAUCUGAGAGGCAGCCAUCUUCUGUUGAGUUUCAUAAAGACCACCAAGAUGUCUCUGAUACCCUAAAACAUCUUUAAAACGAGGACACACAGUGGUAAUUUAACUUGACAUUUUCUUUAUUGUGAAUAAAAAUUCCUCACCCUGUUAAUUAAUUAUUUGAGGAAUACUUAAAACUAGUAGUUUGAAAUCUUUACUAAUCAUUUAGAAACAAAACAUAGUAUGUAUUUUAAAAAUAAUAAAUUGCAUUUUUAGACGCAAAAUCAAAGAAUUCCAAAUAUCAUAUUAUGCAAACUUUUUGUAUUGUUUUGAUGCUAUAUCAUAGCCUCAUUUCACUGUUUUAAAAUAAAUUUGAGCUCCAGAAUAAACUCUUACUUUCCUUCUACACAAUUAAUUAAACAGUGAACAUCACUUGUUAAAUGGAAAGUAAGCGCUGCCAGCAUUGUCUGUUUUUUUUUUUUUACCUAUUUAUUAGAACCAUAGUAUUUCUUCAUUAUUAAUUUGUAUGAACUAUUUUUUAAGAUAUUAACUCUUUUCUCCUAUAUUUUUGUUUUCAUCUAAACAUUGUUGUGACAUAUUGAAAUGUUUAUCUUUACUUUUCAUUUUUUUUAAGUUAGUUUUUUGUUUGUUUGUUUUUUAGAGAUGGGGCCUUGCUAUUUUGCCCAGGCUGGAUUGUUGGGCUCAAGCAAUCUUCUUGAGCCUCAGCCUUCAAAUAGCUGAGACUACAGGCAUGUACCACCAUAUCUGCUUUUUUCCUUUGUGGUUUCUUCUAUUCAUUUUGAGAUCAGUUUCCUUCUGUUAUGGGCUGAAUUGUGUCCCCUCAAAACUCGUGUUAAAGUCCUCGCCUUCAGUAUCUCAGACUAUAACUAUAGUUGGAGAUAGGGUCUUUAAAGAGGUAAUUAAUUUAAAAUGAGAUAAUAUGACUGGUGUGCUUAUGAAAAGACAAGAUAAGACACAGACAGACAUAGAGGGAGGACCAUGUGAAGACACAGGGAGAAGACGGCGAUCUACAAGCCAAGAGGAGAGGCCUCUGAAGAUUGGUUUCGUUCCCUGCUGACACCUUGAUGUAUGACUUCUAGACUCCAGGACUGUGAAAAUAAAUUUCUGUUGUUGAAAAGCCUCCCAGUGUGUAGUACUUUGCUAUGGCAGCCCUGGCAAACUAAUACUAUAUCCUCCAACCUCCAAAAUUCUGUAAAAUGCUAUACAAUUAUAUUUUCUUCUAUCUCU